AUGGUGAUGGCUGUAACAGACACUUGUUCAUAUAAUAAACUCAACUGGGACUGUGUUUAUGUGAAUAGAGCCUCAGUGACUUCUCUCUCCUCCUGCAGAGCUUACCUGGAUGUAAAGGAGAUGAAGGAGAUCCUGCAGUUGGACGGCUCUACUCACCUAAACGUCUUCUUCGCCAAUUCCACCGAUGAGGAUCUCGCUGGUGUCGCCACGUGGCCCUGGGACAAAGAAGCCCUCACACAUUUAGGUGGCAUUGUGUUGAACCCUUCUUUCUACGGGACCUUUGGUCACACUGACACCAUGGUCCACGAGAUCGGCCACAGUCUGGGUCUCUAUCAUGUUUUUAGAGGAAUAUCUGAGAUCGAGUCUUGCAACGAUGCAUGUCUGGAGUCUGAGGCUUCAAUGGAGACUGGAGACCUGUGUGCGGACACCAACCCCACCCCCAAGUUCAAAGGCUGCCAUGACCCUGCGUCUGCCAACGAGACCUGCGGCGCUCGCCAGUUUAAAAACACGCCGUUCAACAACUACAUGAGCUACGCCGAUGACUCGUGCACAGACUCCUUCACGUUGAACCAGGUGGCCAGGAUGCACUGUUACCUGGACCUGAUCUACCAGAGCUGGCAGACCAUGUGGAAGUCCCCUCUGGUGCCGAUGCCGCCUCAGGUUGUGGAGCAGAGUCACUCCUCGGUGACUCUGGAGUGGUUCCUGCCGAUCUCUGGGCACUUCUACGACAGAGAAUUGGGAUCAGUGUGUGAUCAAUGCACAGAAGGAGGGAUCCUGCUGCAGUUCGCCUCCAACGCCUCCUCUCCCCGCCCCUGUGGGCCCUCGGGACACUGGUCACCGCGGGAGGCUGAAGGACCCCCGGACGUGGAGCAGGUGUGCGAGCCGAGCGUCCGCACCUGGAGCCCCAACGCCGGCACAGACCAGGGCACCGUGGGCCUGUCCGAGUGCCCGCUGCAGGGCUGCAUGCUACAGCUGGAGUUUGCUCACCCGCUGGUCCCGGACUCUCUCUCCCUCUGGGUCACCUUCUUCGGCUCCGAGGAGACGGCGCUCCCGGCGAUCCACAACAUCCUGCUGCUCACCGUGGACGGGAACAACAUCUCUCUGGGUCCCAGCAACGUGUUCUGCGACACGCCCCUGACCAUGAAGCUGGAGGUGGAGGAGCGGGUGUUCGGGGUGCAGGUCUUCACCAUGGAGCAGCACCUGGAGAUCGAUGCCGCGCUGCUGACCUCCAAACCCGCUUGCGAGCAGUGCCGGAGCUGUGACCCGCUGAGGUACCGCCUGCUGCGCCAGCCGCCGUUCAGCCACGCCUCCCUGGGUCUGCUGCUCACAGAACCACUCCGCAGAUUCACAGACCGGGACCUGAAGCCACAUGUGGAGUACACGUAUCAGGUUCAAACGGUCUCGAGCUGGAGUGAGAGCGAGCCCUCUCCGCCACUGGUGCACCGGGUCGGAGCGCCCUUCUGUGGAGACGGGCGGAUCCAAAGUUGGAAAGGAGAAGAGUGCGACGACCAGAACUCUGCCAACGGCGACGGCUGCUCCACUCAGUGCAAGAAGGAGGCUUUCUUCAACUGUGUCGACGAGCCCAGCAUGUGCUACUUCUACGACGGCGAUGGCGUCUGUGAGGACUUUGAGCGAGAGACGGGAGUCCGAGACUGUGGUCUGUACACGCCCAGCGGGUUCCUGGACCAAUGGGCGACCAGCGUGGAGGUGUCCCAGGAAGAGAAACCCUUCUGCUCCGGAGAGGUGGCUGCUGGGUACCCUGCCGUCACCAAGUGCAUCAGUACAGGCGCAUCAGUACAGGUGCAUCAGUACAGGCGCAUCAGUACAGGUGCAUCAGUACAGGUGCAUCAGGCGCAUCAGUACAGGCGCAUCAGUACAGGUGCAUCAGUACAGGUGCAUCAGUACAGGUGCAUCAGGCGCAUCAGUACAGGCGCAUCAGUACAGGUGCAUCAGUACAGGCGCAUCAGUACAGGUGCAUCAGUACAGGUGCAUCAGUACAGGCGCAUCAGUACAGGUGCAUCAGUACAGGCGCAUCAGUACAGGUGCAUCAGUACAGGCGCAUCAGUACAGGUGCAUCAGUACAGGUGCAUCAGUACAGGUGCAUCAGUACAGGUGCAUCAGGCGCAUCAGUACAGGUGCAUCAGUACAGGUGCAUCAGUACAGGCGCAUCAGUACAGGCGCAUCAGUACAGGUGCAUCAGUACAGGCGCAUCAGUACAGGCGCAUCAGUACAGGUGCAUCAGUACAGGUGCAUCAGUACAGGUGCAUCAGGCGCAUCAGUACAGGUGCAUCAGUACAGGUGCAUCAGUACAGGCGCAUCAGUACAGGCGCAUCAGUACAGGUGCAUCAGUACAGGCGCAUCAGUACAGGUGCAUCAGUACAGGUGCAUCAGUACAGGUGCAUCAGUACAGGUGCAUCAGUACAGGCGCAUCAGUACAGGCGCAUCAGUACAGGUGCAUCAGUACAGGUGCAUCAGGCGCAUCAGUACAGGUGCAUCAGUACAGGUGCAUCAGGCGCAUCAGUACAGGUGCAUCAGUACAGGUGCAUCAGUACAGGCGCAUCAGUACAGGCGCAUCAGUACAGGUGCAUCAGUACAGGUGCAUCAGGUGCAUCAGUACAGGUGCAUCAGUACAGGUGCAUCAGUACAGGUGCAUCAGUACAGGUGCAUCAGUACAGGUGCAUCAGUACAGGUGCAUCAGUACAGGCGCAUCAGUACAGGCGCAUCAGUACAGGUGCAUCAGUACAGGUGCUUCAGUACAGGUGCAUCAGGCGCAUCAGUACAGGCGCAUCAGUACAGGUGCAUCAGGCGCAUCAGUACAGGCGCAUCAGUACAGGCGCAUCAGUACAGGUGCAUCAGGUGCAUCAGUACAGGUGCAUCAGUACAGGCGCAUCAGUACAGGUGCAUCAGUACAGGCGCAUCAGUACAGGCGCAUCAGUACAGGUGCAUCAGUACAGGUGCAUCAGUACAGGUGCAUCAGUACAGGUGCAUCAGUACAGGCGCAUCAGUACAGGCGCAUCAGUACAGGUGCAUCAGUACAGGUGCAUCAGUACAGGUGCAUCAGUACAGGUGCAUCAGUACAGGUGCAUCAGUACAGGUGCAUCAGUACAGGUGCAUCAGUACAGGCGCAUCAGUACAGGCGCAUCAGUACAGGUGCAUCAGUACAGGUGCAUCAGUACAGGUGCAUCAGUACAGGUGCAUCAGUACAGGUGCAUCAGGCGCAUCAGUACAGGUGCAUCAGUACAGGUGCAUCAGUACAGGUGCAUCAGUACAGGUGCAUCAGUACAGGUGCAUCAGUACAGGUGCAUCAGUACAGGUGCAUCAGUACAGGUGCAUCAGUACAGGCGCAUCAGUACAGGUGCAUCAGUACAGGUGCAUCAGUACAGGUGCAUCAGUACAGGUGCAUCAGUACAGGCGCAUCAGUACAGGCGCAUCAGUACAGGUGCAUCAGUACAGGUGCAUCAGUACAGGCGCAUCAGUACAGGUGCAUCAGUACAGGUGCAUCAGGCGCAUCAGUACAGGUGCAUCAGGCGCAUCAGUACAGGUGCAUCAGGCGCAUCAGUACAGGUGCAUCAGUACAGGUGCAUCAGUACAGGCGCAUCAGUACAGGUGCAUCAGUACAGGUGCAUCAGUACAGGUGCAUCAGUACAGGUGCAUCAGUACAGGCGCAUCAGUACAGGUGCAUCAGUACAGGUGCAUCAGUACAGGUGCAUCAGUACAGGCGCAUCAGUACAGGUGCAUCAGUACAGGUGCAUCAGGCGCAUCAGUACAGGUGCAUCAGGCGCAUCAGUACAGGUGCAUCAGGCGCAUCAGUACAGGUGCAUCAGUACAGGUGCAUCAGGCGCAUCAGUACAGGUGCAUCAGUACAGGUGCAUCAGUACAGGCGCAUCAGUACAGGUGCAUCAGUACAGGUGCAUCAGGCGCAUCAGUACAGGUGCAUCAGUACAGGUGCAUCAGUACAGGCGCAUCAGUACAGGCGCAUCAGUACAGGCGCAUCAGUACAGGUGCAUCAGUACAGGUGCUUCAGUACAGGUGCAUCAGGCGCAUCAGUACAGGUGCAUCAGUACAGGUGCAUCAGGCGCAUCAGUAAAGGCGCAUCAGUACAGGUGCAUCAGUACAGGUGCAUCAGUACAGGCGCAUCAGUACAGGUGCAUCAGUACAGGUGCAUCAGUACAGGUGCAUCAGUACAGGUGCAUCAGGCGCAUCAGUACAGGCGCAUCAGUACAGGCGCAUCAGUACAGGUGCAUCAGUACAGGUGCAUCAGGCGCAUCAGUACAGGCGCAUCAGUACAGGUGCAUCAGUACAGGCGCAUCAGUACAGGUGCAUCAGUACAGGCGCAUCAGUACAGGUGCAUCAGUACAGGCGCAUCAGUACAGGUGCAUCAGUACAGGUGCAUCAGUACAGGCGCAUCAGUACAGGUGCAUCAGUACAGGUGCAUCAGUACAGGCGCAUCAGUACAGGUGCAUCAGGCGCAUCAGUACAGGUGCAUCAGUACAGGUGCAUCAGUACAGGCGCAUCAGUACAGGCGCAUCAGUACAGGUGCAUCAGUACAGGUGCAUCAGUACAGGUGCAUCAGUACAGGUGCAUCAGUACAGGUGCAUCAGUACAGGUGCAUCAGUACAGGCGCAUCAGUACAGGUGCAUCAGGCGCAUCAGUACAGGCGCAUCAGUACAGGUGCAUCAGUACAGGCGCAUCAGUACAGGUGCAUCAGUACAGGCGCAUCAGUACAGGUGCAUCAGGUGCAUCAGUACAGGUGCAUCAGUACAGGUGCAUCAGUACAGGCGCAUCAGUACAGGUGCAUCAGUACAGGCGCAUCAGUACAGGCGCAUCAGUACAGGUGCAUCAGUACAGGUGCAUCAGUACAGGUGCAUCAGUACAGGUGCAUCAGUACAGGCGCAUCAGUACAGGUGCAUCAGUACAGGCGCAUCAGUACAGGUGCAUCAGUACAGGCGCAUCAGUACAGGUGCAUCAGUACAGGUGCAUCAGUACAGGUGCAUCAGUACAGGCGCUCAGUAG